AUGAAGAAGGCCCUGGGGCACGACUCGAUGCGGUGGCUGCAGACGCUCGUGGCGCUGCUGAUGACCGUCGGGAUCCUCUCCGUGGCGUGGGAGCUGGUGGCGCUGCACACUCAGCGGUCGUUCCUCUCGGCCUUCGACGAAUUGGAGGCCGACGUGUCGUCCGACGACCUGCUGCACCUCAGCUACCUGCAGGCCGCCUGCCGCGCCGAGAACGACACCGUGCUGCCAGUGUCGUACGCCGCCCCCGGUAUAGUCGGCGGCUCUCUUCAGCCAAGUGCACACUUCAACACUGCGCUGUUCCACGAGCGCGACCCGAGGCUGGUAGACGAACUGCGCCAAUGUCGCGACGUGGACAUCUACAUGCCGUCGUCGGCUCGAGAUUCGGCAGGUUGCGCUGCUGGUGCCGGGCCGCUCAAGUUCCUGCAGUCAAGGUUGCUGCCGGACUGGGCGUUCGACGCCGUCAUGUACGACAUCACUGCGAAUCAGAGCACCACCUACUUCAAGCUGUGCCCGCACACGCCCAUGCUGUUCGUGUCACCUGAGCACGUGCUCAAGCUGACGAAGCACGCGGCGUGGCCGUCGACCAAGCCGGUGUAUCUCAUCGCGCCGGGUAUCGAAGCUGAGACUCCUGCUGAGGGUUUGACACGAACAGUACUGGAGCUCACGGACGUCGUGCUAUGUCAGACAAGUCGCUGUGAUCAAGACGUAACGAGGUUUGUGGAGCGUAUGGGGAAUGGCGGCAGUAAGAAAUCGCGUGUGCUCUACGUGGGGCAAGUGUCCGCGGAUCCGGCGAACUUCGCGCGACGGAUUCUUGGCGAUGAAGCGGUGCCGGAGAAGAACGAGAAGCACUUCAAGGACGGUCGGUUUGCCCACACUACUUACGAUAUCGCGUCCAGGACGACGCAAGAUGUGAUCAACUGCUGGAACACUCACGUGAACUAUCUCCCGCAGCUGGACGUGUUCCUGCUGAAGAAAGACCACGACGGGAAGCCUGGGGACGGCGCGAGGUUGUACAAGCCGAGCUUCAGUGACGCCGCGUUCUUCGUCUGCCCCACUGCAAAGGAUGACUGUCUCCCGCUCGCUCGUGCUUCUGGCGGUGUUAUCGUCACAGGCGACGGCUACCCGAUGAACGAGCUGCUCUCCGGCUCGGAAGGCAUAUUCUUCCCCACUUCAGACUCUGCGACGCUGCCCGACGACUCAUUGCUGUUGCCGUCUCCAGAGUCCACCUACCGCAGCGCCGACCUCUGCGCGGCAGUGAUCAAAGCGUACACCUCUACGUCCGUCAACACCCGCCUGAAGUAUGCCACCCAAGCUCGACGUCACUUCAACGAGGACGCCAAGCUCUUCAUGCGGCGCAUGCUCGAGCUCCGCGCGUUCGUCCACCAAGAGCAGCCCGACCAGAACCUUCGUAGCCAGAACUAA